UCCAACCUGACAGAGACGGCUCCUGAGACAGAGCAUACAAGUUUAGCAGCUGCAAAUUCCAACACAGCUAAUUUGAUGACGGUGGAUGUAAACGCCUUAACUUCGUCUAUUUCCCUCGCUGUAACCGAGGCAGUUCAAGGGGCCUUUGAAAAGAUUCCCCAAACGCAAGUUGACAAGUGACAGGACAAGCCUACUGGCGUAGAGGCGGUGGUUGAUGAAGAGGUUUCUCUUCUGACCGAAAGUACACCUCCAAGUAUGUGAUCCAAUCCGCUCUUGUUACCAGGCAACAAAAAAACCAUUUGCUAGUAUAGCCGUAGCUCUAGGUAGUAACUUAACUUCCAAACUUAAAAGGAAAAUCUGGGCAAAUGAGUAUAUAGAUUUCGGGGCACUACUUUCCGUCUCCCCAGCUACUGAAAAGUAUUCUUUAUCUUUCAAGUCCACUGAUAGCUCCCCGAGACAACCCCAGUUGACCCUGGAGCCUUUUCAACCCUCUAAGAAAAUUCAUAGCUUUAAUCAAUGGCUAUCAGCUUUCAAUACUUUUGUAGCCAUAUUUACAGAGAAAUUUCACCAUGAAGCCCCGCAACUUAUGAAAUAUUGCGAGAUCAUUCGCGACAUUUCAGCCAAACCGGGUGACUGGUAUUUUUAAAACGAACAAUUUCGUUAUCUUAGGCAGUUAGCCCCUGACCAGUACCCAUGGGAUUCUGUGCACUGGGAGCUAUGGCUUAAGGCGGUAAUAAAUUUUCGUACAAAAUCGCACUUUAGCUCGGACAAGGUCAAUUGUGGGGUUCCUACGCGAUCACGGCCCCGCCAGUCCUUUCCUAAAGGGUCCUGCUAGACAUUUCAUGUAGGGAGAUAUUGCGCGGGUUGUCGAUUCGACCAUGUUUGUUUCAAAUGUGGCACAAAGCACCCCGCAAGCCGGUGCUCCGCCACCCAACAACAUCGUCUCCCUUUCUCCAAAGAAGGACCAGUUGCUACGAAUUCUACACAGCAGUCCGGGCACUCCCGUAAGGGUGGACAGGCUUGA